AUGGCAGAAAAUUACGUAAUGAAAUCGUUGAACGAACAUGUUCAAACAGAUCGACAAUUAAACAUAAAAUCUGCGUCAUCUAUUGCACUCAAAUUUGAUCAAUUAAAUGAACAACCAAAUGCACUUAUUAAUUUUAAUACAGGCAUAUUACAGUGGCUAGGACAUCAGACAGGUGUUUUAUCAUCAUCAACUGUAAUCGGAACAGCAGACACCCUAGUUUUAUAUACUGAAAAUCGUUCAAGUGAACUCUACUUGACAAAUCGAACAGCAUUAAGAAAGAAGAUUCAAUGGACUCAUGGACAAAUUAAUGAUAUCACAUGGUCUUCCAUUUUGAGUAAAUUUAUUCUUUUGGCAGAUUACUACGUAUUUACAUUCGAUGCAGAAGAGAAUAAAAUCGAAGAGAUCAAACAAAUUUCUGUUAACAGAGGAAAAAUACCGUUGUACAGUUGUACAUGUUCAAAAGAGACAAUACUAUUAAGCUAUUUUGGAUGGGGCUCGAUAGUUGACCAGUACAAACUCUCAAAUGGAAAUUGGGAAAGAGUAAAACAAUGGAAAACACCUUUUACAUGUAACACGAACGAAUGGAUCGGACAAAUUCGAUUUGCAAGUAGCAAUGACGGACAUAUCGGGUUAACCAUAGCAGAUAACAAUAACAAUUGGAGGUUUGAACUUCGUGAGUACCGAACAAUGGAAAUAUUACAUCAAGUUCGUUUAGAUGAAAGUUCUUUGACCAGAUGUCUAGUUUGUCUUCCACACGAUGAAUGGUUAAUUGUUCAUAAAGGAACAAAAACACUAGAAAUUAUUGACAAAGUUGGUAGUACAAAGAAAACGGUUACGUAUAACUCGAAUAUAACUAGCGCUGGUCUAUUUGAUCAAAACUGUUUGGUUAUCUCAACGUAUGAGAAAAUUUGCUUCUACAAUUUGUGA